AUGAAGUUCGUUGCUGUCGCCUCUGCUGCCAUCUCAACUAUCCUCUUCGCCACCCCCGUUGGCCGAAGCCCAUGUUACUGCCAACCCUCAGCUGCUGUCUCAGGGUCCUACUUUCAGACUAGUUUUCGUGUCCCUCAUGGUUGUGAUGGUAAUGCUACAAACCUGGUCAUUGUCGAAAUCCCCAAGGGUGUUUCCUCAGUUAAGCCCCGCCCUCUCUAUCCUUGGAAUACUACCAUUUCCAUGUUCAAGUUACCAACUCAGGAAGGCCCUCUCUACUGGAAGGUCUACCAGCAUUGCGUCAAUAACGAAUGGAACAACUGGACCAGCGUCCCUGACGCCAACGGAAAGACUGAUGGUUUCCCUGCAGCCGUUAUUACUCUUUCCAAUUCCACAACUACCACUGGCCCUGGAGGUGCUUCCCCUUCCGCUAGCAGCAAGCCUAGUGCUGCUGUCGCCGCCUUCCAGAGCUUGAACUUCGGCCGCGUCGCUCUUAUCAGCUCUGGUGCCUUCUUGGUCGCUCUUAUUUAA